GGGUUCAGGAUAGGGUUAGGCAUCGAACAUUCCAGUUCCUAGGGAUUCUCAAUUCUAAUUCUUUCAAAAGGCAGGAUGUCAAAACUCACCUUGAUGAAUUAGUCUGAACUUCUCCAUAAGUUUUAAUUCUUUGAGCUUUCUAAGAUGAAGCGCUACUUUAGAACGUGGCGACACAAACGUUUUUGGUGGGUUCUUCUUCGGUUGGCUGGCUGGGUUUCAACACUAGGAAAUGGAAUUAAAAAAUAUUAACAAAUAUGGGAAAAACUGAAAAAAAUCUCUGUUCCAAUCAAUGCUCAAGGCCCAACUCUAGUUUAGGAGCACAAGUGUUUUCUUGGAUUAUUUGUCAAACUUCUCAUUUUCAGUUCUGUUUUUAUUUAUUUAUUUAUUUUUUUACUUUUUACUUUUUCUUUUGAAUGGUCCAAAUAUGGUGUCCAAAAGCUACCUUGCACAUAUUUGACGGGAAACCUGGCUUUUAACUUGUUUUAAUCUUGCCAGCUUUAGAGUAAUGAAGGGCAGGCAGACAUCCUGUGUGAAAUCUCUUAUUUUAUGGAGCAACAGUUGUCUCCUCAGUGUCUUUUCUGAUUCAUGUCCUAAGUAUAUUUCUCAGUGGUUCACCCUGAUCUUAUUGUCACCCUUACGUUCAUGACAGCAGGUGACCUUCUGAGGGGGGGAAAAAACAAGAUACUUCCUUAAAAUUUCCAGAGUCAACUGAAACCACAAUCUCGCCAUUUCCUUUUUUAAAAGAAAGUAAAAAAACUAGUCCACACCACCCUCUGAGAAUCGUAAAUAACACAUUAAAUCCUCUGAUUAUUUAUUGCUUUGAUUUUUUUUCCAGCGUUUACUUUGUGUAUUUGUAGCUGCUUUAGUAUAAUCUGAUGACUGUAACUAAACUCGUCCUCCUGUAGUUUAGAUGUUUCAAGGAGAGGUGUUUGCCUUGUACAGUCUAGUAUCCGUAGGAGCUGUUACCGUUGUCCAGUGAGCAGUCAAUUUAUUAAAAUGGUUUUUUGGGUAAAGCCAAAAAUGAGGCCAGGUUUUGGUGUCUGUUAGUUACUUAGGUUUCAAUAUGAGAUAACAGGAUGUUUCAAAAUGCCAAGCCGGGGUUUUGAGGCAGUUCACUUUUUUUAAAUAGUUUAGCAGGCUUGUUAAAUCUUUAUCUGGCACGGCGUGACUCAUUUGUUGCUCUAACUUUGGUUCAAACACGACUCCUUUCCCCUUCUGUGUGCUGUGAAUGGUCAGCCUUCAGAGUCUGGAGAAUUUCCUCUGUCUCUUCCAUUACGUGCAGCACCACCCUAGUCAAAGCACCAAAGAUGCACUGAAAUUCUGCUCAGACAUGAGUGGGGCCAGUAACACGCUGGCACGGGAGUUCCUCACUGAUGUGCACCAACUAUGCAGCGCGGUGGCCCAGAGAGCCGAGGCCCGGGAAGAAGAUGAGGAGGAGAGUCACAUGGUGGCGCUGGGCGAGUACCUGGUCAGGGGGCGGGGCUUCUUACUGCUCAGCACUCUGGAUGCCAUCAUUGACCAGGAGCUGACGUGUCGGGAAGAGCUGCUCACGUUGCUGCUGUCGCUGCUCCCACUCGUCUGGAAGAUUCCUGUGCAAGAAGACAAAGCUCCAGAUUUCACCCUGCCAUCCUUACUGGAGGUGUUCUUCAGUCGGGAGGUGAAGGCUGUCUCUGUCAGGACUGGACAGAAGGCUUUGACGGAUGAGCAGAGCUCCGGGAGAAGGGCCCGUGUUGGAAGCGGCACAUGGAAGUCACGGCGGUCCCGCAGAACGGCGCACAGAUACUCUGUGAAAGAUGCUCGGAGGUCUCAGGUCUCUACCUCAGAUUCAGAAGCCAACUCUGAAGACAAAGCUGUCACAGGCUCGGGUGGCGCAAGGAGCCGGAGAUCUCAUGGCUCCACCAUCCAUGUAAGCUGUCAGCAUCAUCGCUCAGAGGCCUCGCACUUAACCUCCACCGCCACCAAUACCACACAAACCAUGAGUGCUCCAUACCCUCACCCCAGAGCCCCUGGGUCCCAGAUGGUUGACUUUGAAACCCUGACGGACCCAGCUGCAAUAUCCAUUUUCAACCGCAUGGAGAACUCGCCUUUCGAUCUUUGCCAUGUGUUGCUUUCCCUGCUGGAGAAGGUGUGUAAGUUUGACAUGAACAUUAAUCACAACCCUGGCCUGGCAGUCAGUGUGGUGCCUACUCUCACAGAAAUCCUGACUGAGUUUGGAGAUUGCUGCGGUCCUGGAGGUGGAACAGGGGCGGAGGAGCUUGCUGGAGGCUGGACGGAGGAGCCAAUUGCACUUAUUCAGAGGAUGCUACUACGCACAAUUUUGCACCUGAUGUCUGUGGACGUGAGUCAGAACGACAGACUCCCAGACAGCCUGAGACGCAGUCUGACAGACUUGCUGCGAGCAACUCUGAAAAUCCGGAGCUGCUUGGAGAGGCAGAAUAACCCUUUUGCACCGCGGCCCAAAAAGACUUUGCAAGAGGUCCAAGAUGACUUUACUUUCUCUCGUUACCGCCACAGAGCGCUGCUGCUCCCGGAGCUUUUAGAGGGAGUUUUGCAAGUUCUACUUAGUUGUCUUCAGGCUUCUACACCAAACCCCUUUUUCUUUAGCCAGGCCCUGGAGCUGAUCCAUGAGUUUAUUCAGCACCAUGGUCUUGAGCUCUUAGAGACCACAGUUUUGCGUUUGGAGGGACUCAGCCGGGCCAGGGAUUCUGAAGUAGGGAGAGAGGCUUCUGAGAGGCUCAGAGGUCUCAUCGCAGGAGUCUUCAAAAUAAUCAGCGCUGUUAAGAAGGCAAAGUCCGAACAGCUGCAUCAGUCAGUGUGUGCCCGUCGACGCCACCGUCGUUGUGAGUAUUCCCACUUUUUGCAUCACCACAGAGAUCUGUCAGGUUUGCCCGUGUCUGCUUUCAAGCAGGCUGCUAGACGCAAUCCCUUCGAGGAGGAUGGGGAAGGCUUAGAAGGAACUGAGGGAGAUGGCAUGCGUUGCCCCGAGCGCUGUUGCUGCCUUGCUGCCUGUGCCCAUGAGUGUUUACGACUAUUGCAGCGCCUGACGCCCAGUGGACCAGCUGUGCUGCAGGUGUUGGCUGGGAUUCAGGCUGUAGGAAUCUGCUGUUGUAUGGACCCUCGCUCAGUUGUAGGACCCAUGUUACAUGCUUUCCAGGCUCCAGGUCUGCGCAGCUAUCAGGGUCAUGUACUCAGUGUGCUAGGUAGGCUAAUUCUAGACCAACUGGGUGGGGGUCAGCCUUCAGAGAAAGCCAAGCUGGCCUCCUGCAACAUCUGCACCUUGGACAGUAGCCAACUGCCAGGCCUGGAGGAGACUCUGCAACAAGGAGAGUCCUCAGCUAUUUCUACCAGUUUACGUUUUCGCUCCCAGGGAAUCCUUCCCAGUGGAGGAGGUGCUGAGGACAUGCUCUGGAAGUGGGAUGCUCUGGAGGCCUAUCAAGAACUAGUGUUUGGAGAGGACUGGCAGCUGAGCCAGCACAUAGCUGGCCAUGUGUGCCACCUGACUCAGCGAGGUAACGCUAUUGUACAGUGGCAGCUGUACACUCACAUCUUCAACCCUGUGCUGCAGAGAGGGGUCGAGCUGGCUCACCAUGCCCAACAGCUAGGGGUUUCUACAGUCUGCACUCAGGUCUGCAGCUACCACACACAGUGCCUGCCCGUGGAGGUUCUUCUCAUCUACCUGCAAACAUUACCAGCACUUCUGAAAUCAAGGGUGAUCAGAGACCUUUUUACCAGUUGCAAUGGGCUUAACCAGGUGACAGAACUUGUGUACCUGGACCAGACUCGCUCUUUGGCGUUGAAGGUGUUUGAAACUCUGAUAAUAGGCAUCAGACAUCAGCACACUGACGGCCUUCUUCAGGAAUUGGAGGGUACUGAUACCAAAGAAAGGGAGGCUGUCGUGGGUCCAGCUGAAGAGUUGGGGUCCAGAGGGGUUGGAGAGGCUCCGCAGAGCCUCAGCAAGUUCUACGAAGGUCUGAAGGAGGCAUAUCCACAUUAUAGAAGCCAUAAUGGGCAGAGUCGCGGACCGGGGAGCAGCCGAACUGAGAUCCACCGACAUGUUAUCAAUCUCUUCCUUUGUGUGGCUUUCCUCUGCGUCAGCAAAGAGGCUGAUUCGGACCGGGACUCGGCCAACGACUCUGAAGACACUUCCGGCUAUGACAGCACAGCGAGUGAACCUCUGGGUGGCCGUCUGCCUCUUUUGUCCCCGGACAGCGUGGCUUUGCCCUCCAAAGAGCAGCUGCGCCGUGCUGCAGAUAUUUGGUCAGUAUGCCGGUUGAUCUACAUGUCCAGCCCCCUGUUCCAGAGGCAGUUCUUCAGGCUCGGAGGACUGGACGUGUGCUUGCGCCUCGUGGCAAUGGUCAUCCAAAAGCUCUCUUGUAAAACAAAGGAUGGAAAAACAAAGAAGAAGAGAGACAGUAAAGGGAAAAGCAGCCCUGAAUACACAGUCCCGGCUGCUACUACGGGACUGGAGGAAGCUUCUCGAGAUCCAUCUCAUGUUCCUACUGAGGGAAAAACCAAAGAUCCUGCCAAGAGGCUGGAGGAAGAGUGGCAACUACAAAGCAUCCGUCUCCUUGAGGCCUUGCUGGCUAUUUGUCUACACAGUGCUAACUCAGCCAUGCAGAGAAUAGAACCUGAACUUACCUAUCAGCUUCAGUCUGUUGAGGACACUCUGUUAGAGGUAAGAGACCAGCUGUCUCGCUCAGGGGUGGUGAACUCUGACCUCGCCAUACCUCUAUUCGACUCUCUACUGCGAGUGGCCUUGGCCGAGGUGUCUUCAUGCACCGAUGUUCCCGAGGAGAAGACGGACAAGAAGCUCCAGGUGUUUGCGGAGGGGGCGGCCCCUUCAGCCGGCGAUCUUUCUGAGGAGGUGGAGGAGGCGCAGAGCUGCAGCGUCAGGCUCCCAGGGGAGGAGGAGGGCUACGACGCUGACAGCGAAAGCAACCCAGAGAACAUGGACAGGCAGGAAGAGGGAGGGAAGGCGGAGCCAGCUGGGCUGCGUGAGUUUGUGGCGACGGCGGCGGAUGGGCCGGGGCGUGGCGUGCUGCUGUUCCCUGAGAUCUGCACAAUGGAGCUGCAGCUUCUAGCCUCCGGCUCACCAGACCUGGAGGUUCUCAGUCAUGUAUUUCACAGCCUGCUGGGUGCAGUGCAUGGCAACAGCCACAACGCUGCCUUGCUCUACGAUCAGGGAGGAGUCAAAACCAUCUUACGUAGCUUUCACAACAUCUUGGGUCAGAGCGACCCCUCCUUUACAGAUUGCCAGACCGUGCUCGUGGAGCUGCUGGUUGCCAUGGUGAGCCAACGGAUCACGGCAGAGGAACUGGCUCUAUUGAUCCGCCUCUUCCUGGAGAAAGCCCCGCCCACGGAUAUCUUGCUGAAGGGUAUCUUGCAAAUCAUCGAAACCAACAUGAAUAUAGAGCCUCUUCACUUCCUGACCUUUCCGAUCAUCCUCGGGGCUUCAACACCAGGAAGUUUGUCUCCUGGCUGCAGACACAGCGCCACAGCCAGGAGGAAAAGUGUGGGUUUGCUCUGGAAGGGCAAACUGUCUCCUGGUCGCAAGGAGGGGGACGCGGAAUAUCGACCGAAUCACUCCCAUUCCUCUCCCUGGCACGUCGCUCCGCUCCACUUGCCCCUUGUGGGGCAGAACUGCUGGCCUCAUAUGUCCAACGGGCUCAGUGCCUCGUUGUGGCUAAAGGUGACGGAGCAGCAGGAGAACGACGGGGACAGAGACAAAGAAGAAAGUAGUCUCCCUGCAGCCGAGCCUCAGACUGGAGCGAGCUCAGAGGAAGACCUCAUUCACAUCCUGUCCAUGGGCUCCAAGGCACUGAUGCUUCAAGUGUGGGCAGACUUCUCCACAGGCUCCUUCACCUUCAGAAUCUGUAUCGACCCAAACGAUGAGAUGAAAGCUGGGCUGUUGGCGCAGGCGGAGUCUGGUGAGGGGUUGUUCAAACGGGGGCAGUGGCAGCAUCUCAGCGUAACUUACAGCGAGCAGCAAGAGGGCAAGAAGAACGUCCGCGGCCGCGUGGUGGUCUGGGUGUGUGGCAUCUGGAAAUGUGAGGUUUCUUUGGAAUACACUCAACCGAGAAAGUCCAGUUUCUCAUCUGACAACAACAAAACCUUCUGCAUGCUGGGCCACUGCACAGCUCCCUCUGCAGAGCUGCAGAAACAGGCUGGAGGCUGGAACAUGGGCACUGUGCUUCUCUUUAACGGGUCUAGAAUAGGAUCUGAAGAGGCCUUCUACCUGUUCUCCCGUGGUCCAGACCUCACAUCAAUCAUGCCCUGCAAAUAUGGCAAGUCAAGUGGAUCCUUCUCCAAGUUUGUCACCGAGGAAGGUCUGAAGUGUGAACACAUGAGAGAGAUUCUGAUGAAGAACAAAGACAUAGACACAACAGCAUUGGUCGAGAACCUGGCCGUUGUGUACGCCCCCAGCAGUCUGAGAGUCUACACCAUAUAUGAGCCCGUAAUCCGACUGAAAGGUCAGGCCAAGACGGUAGUCACCCAGCGGCCCUUCAGUUCCAGAGAGGUGCAGAGUGUUUCCCUAGACCCCAGCGCUCUCAGAGCUCUGCUUCCAAACCACACCCAAGGCCUGCAGAGCGUCCUGCACAAGAUCGGAGGAACGGGAACGUUUGUCUUCCUUUUUGCACAGACGGUGGAGCUGAGCAACUGUGAGAAGACCCAGGCCCUGGCUCUUCGAGCGCUGCUUUCUCUGUGCAAGUACAACCAGCACCGCAUCCAUGAAAUGGACUGUUACCAUGGUUACGCUAUGAUCCACCAGGUCCUCAUCAAGUCUAAAUGCAUCGUUGGAUACCAUAUGCUGAAAACUUUGCUGGACGGGUGUUGUAGUGGACCGAUCCUCGUCCUGGGCGACGAGGGUCACUUCCAUUUGGACACUGAGUCGGUUGCUGUGGUGCAGGACAUAAGGCUCCUGUCAUACAUCCUCCUGGACUGGAAGAUCUGGGCCAAGGCUGAGUGUGGCGUGUGGGAAACCCUCCUUGCUGCUUUGGAGAUCCUCAUCCGGGUGCGUCACCCUCAUCAGGUGUACAACAUUCGUCAGUUCCUAAAUGCUGAGAUAGUUCAUCGCUUCCUGCUCACAUGCCAGGUGCUACAGGAGCAUCGAGACGAGCAUCUGACUGCCAUCCCUCAGGAAGUGUGUUUGUCCUUCAUCAAGAUCAUCCAGGAGGUCCUGGGCUCUCCUCCAGACAUAAAUCUGCUAAAGCUGAUCUGUAACUUCCUGCUGGCUGUUCACCCGCCCACCAACACCUACGUCUGUCACACACCAUCCAGCUUCUACUUUUCUCUACACAUAGAUGGGAAGCUGUACCAGGAGAAGGUGCAGUCCAUUAUGUUUUUGAGACAACACUCCAACAGUGGAGGGAAGUCUGCCAGCAGCUCUGUGGUGUCUCUCUCCCCGACUGUUUUCACCGAUGCUCCUCACGAAGGCCAUCUGCAGGCUGCUUCCCCUGAACAUGGAGGCGAUUCCCAGUCACUACGCCCUCCGAGUUUGGCUCCAUCCCCGUACUCCUCUCCCCUCCUAACGCUUCGGCUUGGACAUGGCAGCUCGAGUGAAGCGGCUGAAGGAGACAGGGUCUCUCUGACUUCUCAGCAAACUCUUGGCAGCACAGAGACCCUCAAGAAGGUUGGCGGUGACGCGCAGCUCCUCAGCAGCUGCGAGUCAGCGAAGACCAUCUGCGAAGCGGUAGAGGGUGCUGCACCUCGCACCCCGUCCAUCAGCGUGGAGGAGGAGCGGGACGAGGCAGCGGAAGUGGACAGUCUGGCCGAGGGCAGCGUUGGAGUGUUGGAGUCCGAGGACAGGUUCGAUUGGGCCAGCGAUGAGGCACCACGCCGCCCCGACAGCCUGAAAGGGAUUCAGUCUUUCCAAAGGAGCCACAGCAAUCUGACAAGUUUGGGCCUAGCUUUCCCGUUUCCAAAUGGCUCGUUGACUGUCGGCCGCUGGCCCACCGCUGCUGAUCGAGGCUCCAUCCCUGAAGACUGGGAAAGCUACACCUACUCUCCCGGCUACGACAGGGCACACAGCAAGACCGAGUCCAACGGCAGGUCCAGCACAGAGGACUGCUUGGUUCUGAUCUGCUGUGGACUCUAUGAUCUUCUGAGGGGCGUCCUGCUGCUGCUGCCUGACCUCAUGCUUGAGGAGGUGAUGGACAAGCUGAUCCAACCAGAGGCACUCAUCGUCCAGGUCAAUCACUCCUCAUCCCUCAUCCAGCAAGGAGUCAUGAAGCUGCUGGAUGCAUACUUCAGCAGAGCUCUCAAAGAGCAGAAAGAGAAGUUUUUGAAGAACCACGGCUUCUCGCUGCUGGCCAACCAGCUGUACAUCCACCAGGGCAGCCAGGGGCUGCUCGAAUGCUUCCUGGAAAUGCUGUUCGGAAGGCAGAUGAGCCUGGAGGAAGAUCUGGACCUGGAAGAAAUGGAACGUAUUUCCCCCUUCAGGAGGCGCUGUAUAAUCCCAGUGCUGGGUCUUAUUGAGAACUCCCUCUAUGAGAACUCUUUGGUGCACAACAUCCUUUGUAUGCUGCUGCAGCUCGUCAACGCCUGCCCCAAGCUGGCCGACAUCCUGCUCGACCACGGGCUGCUCUACGUGCUCUUUAACACCCUCUCCACUCUAAAUGGCAUGGAGAACAGUAUUCCCCUGAACGACUACAAGCUCCUGGUGUGUGACAUCCAACAGAUGUUAGUCGCCGUGACGAUCCACUCCUGCAGCUCUUCGGGGUCCCAGUACUUCCGCAUCAUCGAAGACCUUGUUUCUUUGCUGGGUUUCAUGCAAACCAGCAAGAUGCGCCGCACUCAGGAAAUGGCCGUGGCGUUGCAGUUCAGAGUCCUCCAGUCAGCGAUCGAGUUCAUAAAGUCCACGGCCAACCAGGAACCCCAGAAGCUGAGCGGUUCCGUCAGCACACCCAGCUCCCCGCAUCCUACCAUCUAUCAGAAGCGUCGGAGCAUAGCAGGUCGGCGGCGAUUCUCCCUGGCCCAGACCGACUCCCUCCUGAUGCGGAUGCGUUCCGUAGCCAGCGACGAGCUUCACCAGAUGAUGCAGAGGAGGAUGAGCCAGGAAAACCCCAUCCGAGCCAGCGAGACCGAGUUCGUCCAGCGGCUGCAGAGACUCGUGGUUCUUGCUGUCAACAGACUCAUUUACUACGACGUGAGCGAGGAUUUAUUCGACCUGCUGAAUAUUCCGGACUCGCCGGACCACCAGCUCCUUACACCAGAACCAGGCGAACAGCCACACGAAGAGAGCUCCUCUUCCUCCUCUGUCCCUCACUCUCCGACACCCUUCACCCUGCCGCCCGCCAACAAGAAGAGCUUUCAAAAAGACGUCCUCAGACUCAUGAUGGACGGGAUCAAAAUCAGCCUGGGCAGCACGGGUCGCGGCGGAGCACCGAAUCACCAGUGGAGAAGAAUCCUGUGGUCCUGUCGGGACACGUUUAGAGUCCAAGUAGGACGUCUUCUGGUGCACACGCUCAGCCCUGCACUCCCACUGAGCGACAGGAAGGAGGCGCUGGAGUUCGUGUUUGAUCCCAAACAUUUGGAUAUCCUGAAAGAGAGCCUUAGCCCUGGUCUAGAGCACGGGCCAAAGUUGUCUCUGUACCUGUACGAGAUGCUGCACGAUCACAAGGACGACCUGAGUAAAGACGAGAAGAACGCCGUGGGCGUGUUCAUGACGUCUCUGAAGCUGUGCGGUCAUCGCUGCAUCCCGCCCAACGUGCCGCACAAACAGGACCUGCUCAAGGCCAUAAAAGAGGAAAAGUUCAAGUAUGAAGCAGAAGAGAAAACGAGUAAAGUGGCAUGGGAAAAGAAGAUGUCUAACGCUCAGAAAAAUCUUAUUCAGAGGCUGGAUGGAAAGUCCAAGGACAUUUCCAAGAUUGCUGCCGAUAUUACUCAAAAUGUGUCGCUGCGCCAAGGCAUCGAGAGAAAGAAAGUCAUCCAGCACAUCAGGAGCCUGUACAAGACGGACCUGAGCGCCAGUCGCCACUGGCAGGAGCUGGUGCAGCAGCUGACCCAUGACCGAGCUGUGUGGUAUGACCAGACGUCCUACCCAACGUCCUGGCAGUUGGACCCCACCGAAGGGCCAAACCGGGAGCGCCGGCGGCUGCAGAGAUGCUUCCUCACCAUCCCAAACAAAUACCUGCUGAAGGACAGACGGAAGCCUGAAGAGCCGGUGAAGCCGCCGCUGUCCUUCCUGUUUGAGGAUAAGACUCAUUCCUCCUUCUCCUCCACCGUUAAAGACAAAGCCACCAGCGAGUCCAUCAGGUUCACGAGACGCUGCACCAGCGUGUCUCCCUCCAGGGAGACCGCAGGGGAGUUGCUGCUCGGAAAGUCCGGGAUGUACUUUGUGGAGGACAAUGCCGCAGAUGCUCAUGACAGCCAGAGCCUCCACGGAGAGACAGAGGCUCCUUCUUUCUCCUGGACUUAUGAGGAAAUCAAGGAGGUGCACAAGCGAUGGUGGCAGCUGAGAGACAAUGCUGUGGAGAUCUUCCUCACCAACGGCAGGACCUUACUGUUAGCCUUUGACACCACCAAGUUCCGAGAUGACGUCUACCACAACAUCCUGACCUCCGACCUUCCCAACCUGCUGGAGCACGGGAACAUCUCAGCGCUCACGCAGCUGUGGAGCUCGGGUCAGAUCACCAACUUUGAGUACCUCACUCAUCUGAACAAGCACGCGGGUCGUUCGUUCAACGACCUCAUGCAGUACCCGGUGUUCCCCUUCAUCCUGCGAGAUUACACCAGCGAGACGCUGGACCUGCAGGACGUGAACAUCUACAGGAACUUAAUCAAACCCAUUGCGGUCCAGUCAAAGGAGAAGGAGGAUCGCUACGUUGACAACUACAGGUACCUGGAGGAGGAGUACAAAAAGGGCAUUCGUGAGGAUGACCCCAUGCCUCCUGUCCUGCCGUACCACUACGGCUCCCACUACUCCAACAGCGGCACGGUUCUGCACUUCCUGGUCCGAAUGCCUCCCUUCACCAAGAUGUUUCUGGCCUACCAGGACCAGAGCUUUGAUAUCCCAGACCGGACCUUUCACUCCAUGAACACCACGUGGCGUCUGUCCUCCUACGAGUCCAUGACAGACGUUAAAGAGCUCAUCCCGGAGUUUUUCUACCUCCCGGAAUUCCUGGUUAACAGAGAGGGUUUUGAUUUUGGGGUCCGUCAGAAUGGUGAGAGGGUGAAUCAUGUGAAUCUUCCCCCGUGGGCUCGCAACGACCCCCGUCUGUUUAUCCUGAUCCACCGACAGGCGCUGGAGUCGGACCAGGUGUCCCAGACCUUGUGUCAGUGGAUCGACUUGGUGUUUGGGCUCAAGCAGAAGGGCAAAGCGGCCGUCCAGGCCAUCAACGUCUUCCAUCCGGCUACUUAUUUUGGCAUGGACGUGUCUGCUGUGGAGGACCCAGUCCAGCGACGAGCCCUGGAGACGAUGAUCAAAACGUACGGUCAGACACCCAGGCAGCUCUUCAGCGCCUCUCACUCCAGCAGGGCAGCACCUAAACUCACGAUGGAGGGGGAGCUGCCCGCAGCCAUGGGGCUCCUGGUCCAGCUGGCCUUCAGAGAAACCAGAGAACAAGCUAAGGAGAUCAUCUGCCCGAGCCCGCUGUUGUGGAUCAAAGGCCUGAAGUGGGGUGAGUACGUGGGCUCCCCCUCUGCUCCGGAUCCGGUGGUGUGCUUCAGCCAGCCUCACGGGGAGUGUUUCGGAUCCCUGCUGGCUCUGCCGACCCGAGCCAUCUGCGGCCUGUCGCGCCACUUCUGCCUCAUGAUGAUUUACAGCAAGGAGCAGGGUGUGCGCAGCAUGCAUAGCACUGACAUCCAGUGGUCGGCCAUCUUGAGCUGGCACUACGCAGACAACAUAUUAAGGCUGAAGAGCAAGCAGAGCGAACCACCGAUCAACUUCAUUCAGUGUUCACAGCUCCACCAGGUGACCAGCUGUGCCUGGGUGCCCGAUGGCUGCCAGCUAUUUACAGGUAGCAAAUGUGGAGUCAUCACCGCCUACAGCAACCGCUUCACCAGUACCACGCCAUCAGAGAUGGAGGUGGAGUCUCAGGUUCACCUGUACGGACACACAGGUGAGGUGACCGGCCUGUUUGUCUGUAAACCCUACAGCAUCCUCAUCAGUGUCAGCAACGACGGCACCUGCAUCCUCUGGGACCUCAACAGAUUGUGUUACGUCCAAAGCCUCACCGGCCACAAGAGCCCGGUGACGGCCGUCUCUGCCAGCGAGACCACGGGGGACAUAGCUACAGUUUGUGACUCUGAAGCCGGAGGUAGCGACCUUCGUCUGUGGACGGUGAACGGCGACAUGAUCGGUCACGUCCAUUGCAGAGAGACCAUCUGCUCCGUAGCGUUCUCCAACCAGCCCGAGGGCGUGUCCGUCAACGUCAUCGCCGGAGGACUGGAGAACGGCGUCGUCCGGUUGUGGAGCACCUGGGACUUGAAACCAGUCAGAGAGAUCACCUUCCCAAAGUCUAACAAACCAAUCGUCAGUUUGACGUUUUCGUGCGACGGCCACCACCUCUACACGGCCAAUAGCGAGGGCACGGUGAUGACGUGGUGCCGACGUGAUCAGCAGCGAAUGAAGCUGCCCAUGUUCUACUCCUUCCUGAGCAACUACGCCGCUGGCUGACGGGAUCUGAUGUUUACUGCUGUCCACGUCGCAGCAAGAGGACGUCCUCCUCCUCCUCCAGGAUGCACUGACAUGUCAGCAUGGCCUCGACCCCCUCCCCCAAACCCACCUGCCCGCCCCACCUGAGAAAGCUCUCCCAGCAUUUCAUAAACGAGAAACAAGUAUUAUAUGUACAUAGAUAUAUAUUUAUAAACAUUACCAAGUGGAAUGUUGAAGGAAUGAAUGAAGACUCGAGGCUGCAACAGACACUUUCUACAAAACGUCCUGCUGAGUUUGUGUUUCCUGUUGAACUCUUUGAUUUGUUUUAGCUUGUUCCGGGUGAGCUGCUAUCCGUCAGAAUCCCAUCUCUCACCGGUAGAUUCCCCGUCGGAGCCCCUCCUCCCGGCGUCUUGUCGCUCGGCAGGAGUGAGACGUCCCUCUGCGGGGGCUGUCGUCUCCACUCCGGCGUCACGGCCCGGGCUUCGCUUUGCAUCCGAGCUCCAAGGAGAGAUUGCCGUGGAGACGGGACGGGGCGAAUGGUGACGCCUGUUGCUCCGUCCUACUUCUGCAUGCUGGGAUGAUGCCAGCCUUGACGCGGCGGAUGUGGAGAUGGCAUUUACCGUCACGAGCUCCUUGUUUAAUGCCCCCUUGGCUGCUGGCUGCUGUUUAGUCAUCUUUCCCUCAGACUGCUGCUCUUUUUAGGUGGUUUUGAACUUCUAACAAACAGCAUUAAAUACCCACAAAUGAAUAAAUAAACCCAGACGGGUCACAUUGGUAAACGAGGAGCAGUCUGAUGACGUUUUCUUUAAAUUUCCACCAGAGCCGCUGCACUUAGCCAUGCUGUCGCGAGUCAAACGCUCAUCAGAAGCACUUGAGUUUAUUUUUAAGUAAAGCUGAGCUUCGAGUUCAUACCUCCAAUAAAACAACCAGAAAGCAAUACCACACAGAAAAGGUUUUUAGAAAAGCCAGAAGCUUUUUUUAAACGUAACAGCCGUGCUAAAUGCAGAGAAAGUUUACAGAUUUAUCUACUAGAAAGGGAACUUUGAUCAGUCUCCAUUCCUUCUUUUCUUGUGUCUUUGUUUUGUUUUUCUGUUCUUCCCCCUCUACCUACCUGGACUCAGGGAAGGUGCGGUGUUACUCAUUUCUUCUUUUCAACACCUUUAUGUGCAUUUAUGUGAAUUGUUUUAAUGUAAUUAAAGAGAAAAAGGCUCAAAUGUGAUCCAGCAGAUGUUAUUUUUCUGUUAAUAACUUAAACUAUGCAUAAUUUAAGAUCGCUGUCUUACUUUUCUUUUUUUUUUCCUGUCUUGUUUUUGCAGAUAAGGACUUUUGAGUUGUAUUAAUUCAUGUAUGUAUAUAUAUAUAUUUGUGUCAUGGACAAGCCAGGUGAUGAGUAUAAUAUAAAUACAUAUAAAUAUUUGAAGUAAUGUUGCUACA